AUGGGUGGGUCCCACACAGGGGUCCCACCCUCUCCGUCCUUCAUCCAGCCACAGCCCACCUGGACGGAGAUUGUGAACAAGAAGCUGAGGUUCCCACCUCCACUCCUGGCGGCCAUCCAGGAGGGGCGCCUGGGCCUAGUGCAGCAGUUGCUGGAGUCGGGAGUCGAAGCAUCAGGCAGUGGGCAAGGUGGGCCCCUGAGGAACGUGGAGGAGGCUGAGGACCGCUCCUGGAGGGAAGCUCUCAAUCUGGCCAUCCAGCUGGGCGACGAGGCCAUCACUGAUGUGCUGUUGACCAAUGUCAAGUUUGACUUCCGGCAGAUCCACGAAGCCCUGCUGGUGGCAGUGGACACAAACCAGCCGGCCGCGGUGCGGCGCCUGCUGGCCCGGCUGGAACGGGAGAAGGGCCCCAAAGUGGAUACUAGGUCCUUCUCACUGGCCUUCUUUGACUCAUCAAUCGAUGGCUCGCGCUUUGCUCCUGGUGUCACUCCCCUCACCCUGGCCUGCCAGAAGGACUUGUAUGAGAUCGCCCAGCUGCUCAUGGAGCAGGGCCACACCAUUGCCCGGCCCCACCCGGUCUCCUGCGCCUGCCUUGAGUGCAGCAAUGCCCGCCGCUAUGACUUGCUGAAGUUCUCCCUGUCCCGCAUCAACACCUACCGCGGCAUGGCUAGCAGGGCCCACCUCUCGCUGGCCAGUGAGGAUGCCAUGCUGGCUGCCUUCCAGCUCAGCCGGGAGCUCAGACGUCUUGCACGCAAGGAACCCGAGUUUAAGCCGGAGUACAUUGCCCUGGAGUCACUGAGCCAGGACUACGGCUUUGAACUGCUGGGUAUGUGCCGGAACCAGAGCGAGGUGACUGCGGUGCUCAAUGACCAGGACGAGGACAACGAGACUGAACCCGAGGCUGAGGGCCUGGGCCAGGCCUUUGAGGAAGGCAUCCCCAACCUGGCGAGGCUGCGACUGGCCGUCAACUACAACCAGAAGCGGUUUGUAGCACACCCCAUCUGCCAGCAAGUCCUGUCCUCCAUCUGGUGUGGGAACCUGGCUGGCUGGUGUGGAAGCACCACCAUCUGGAAGCUCUUUGUCUCCUUCCUCAUCUUCCUCACCAUGCCCUUCCUCUGCCUUGGCUACUGGCUGGCGCCCAAGUCCCGGGUACCAAGAAUAAAUUAAUGAUAACUGCCACUUUUUGAGCCUUUUGCUAAUGUCCCCAUUGAGUCCCCUGAAGGGGUGCUGGGAAGUCGGUCUGACGCUGAUUUAUAGAGGAGGCAUGGAGAACAGAAGUGCUCUUUUUGUCCAGGGGACAUACAAAACAGCACAGUCAGGAUUUAAACUGAG